CUGGUCGGCUGUGCAGCUCUCAGUGUUCGCAGAGAGAAGUGGCAGAAACCACCAGACCACAGCUGACGCUGCACCAGAUUCUCACAGCAUGUCUGAGAACCAGCGGGGUCUCGUUUAUUUGAUCACCGGAGGUUCCGGUUUUCUAGGCAAGCACCUACUGAGGCUUUUGGUGGAGAAGGAGGACAAACUGGUGGAGGUCCGAGUGUUUGACAAACAUAUAGACUCAAAUUUAAAUGGACUCGGCACAGACCGGACAAAGGUGGUAUGCAUUCCAGGUGACAUCACAGACUACAGCAGUGUGUUGGAGGCCUCCCGUGGGGCCGAUGUCGUUAUCCACGCAGCCAGCUUGGUAGACGUUUGGCACAGAGUCCCAGACACCCUCAUCUACUCUGUCAACAUCACAGGAACGAAGAAUGUGAUCAAUGCCUGUGUGGAGUGUGGCAUCCAGUGCCUGGUCUACACCAGCAGCAUGGAAGUGAUCGGUCCCAACAUGAACGGAGACCACUUUAUCAGGGGCAAUGAAGACACACCUUACAAUGUGAAACAUACUAUGGCCUAUCCUAAGAGCAAGUCAAUGGCAGAGAAAAUCGUGCUCGAAGCAAAUGGCACCAAGGUGAAGGGUGGAAAGUGUUUAUACACAUGCUCUCUGAGGCCGACAGGGAUCUAUGGCGAGGGGCACGAGAUAAUUAAGGCUUUCUACGAGCUGGCUGUACAAAGAGGAGGCUUGAUCAUCGGGGGUGUCCCAGACCACAUUGAACAUGGACGGGUCUAUGCAGGCAACGUGGCCUGGAUGCAUGUACUUGCAGCCCGAGCCCUGAGUGAACGCCCGCAGACAGUCGGAGGUGAAGCUUUCUUCUGCUAUGAUGACUCACCCUACAAGAGCUACGAGGAUUUCAACAUGGUGUUCCUCUCCAAAUUUAACUUCCGAAGGGUCCGCAUGCCCUCACUGGUGCUCUGGUUCUUGGCCAUGGUUAAUGACCUUCUCCGCUGGAUACUGAGCCCCUUGUACAACUACACACCGUUGCUGAACCGUUACACCUUGGCCGUUGCUAGUACCUCCUUCACUGUCUCCACAGACAAGGCCAUGCGUCAUUUCCAGUACCUCCCUCUGUACGACUGGGAUCAAUGCCGAGCCCUCACACAAAAAUGGGUGGACACGCUCGCUAUGGAUAACCCCAAAGACUCCUAAUGUGACCUCAACUACUGCAACACUCAUCAGAAGCUGCUACGUAGACAUGCAGGACUCCAGAUAUACAUGUGUGAAAGAGUAACAUGUUGCACGUUCAUGCUACACACAUAUGGAACAUAUAUACAAAUAUUUAAAUUUAGAAUAGAAUAAAAUUAACUAAAAUAAAUAAAACAAUAUAUACAGUUAUUUACAUGUUACCUACACAUGUAUAGCUACAUCCAGAGAGUAAUAUUUCUGUUGUGCAUUUUUUAAAUUAGCAUGUGGGGGAAUGGAAACAAUAUAGUAUUAAUAAUAUGGUUGCAUCUUAACAUCCGUUAAUAUUCCAUUGGAUUCAGUUCAUUGGUCUUUUGUUGGUACAUCGAUCAAGGGAUUGUGCCCUUCGUUAAGAAUGUGCUGUAGUAUUUAGACAUUGAACACUUCUAGAUCAGAGAGAGACACCAUUUGUAACUGUCAAUUAAGACAAAUGUAAACACAAUUUACAAGCAUUUACUACAUUUAUAUGGACUGAAUACCUGUAUUUUAGGAAUUUAUAUUAUUGAUAAAACAUCAAAAUAUAUAUAUAUAUAUUUAGUUUGUUAAUUUUUUGUAAUUUUUAAUAAAGAUGUUUUAAUAUAUUA